GCCUCUUUCUCGCAAGUCCAACCAUGGUCCUUAGUGAGUUCUGCUUCGUAGAAAUCGGGCGGGUGGCCCUUUUUGCCUUUGGCCCUGAUAAGGGAAAACUCUGUGUCAUCGUAGAUGUUAUUGACCAGAAUAGGGCACUAGUUGAUGGACCAGCUACAGGUGUUAGAAGAAAGCAAGUGAACUUCAAGUCUCUUCACCUCACUCAAUUCAAAUUAGAUAUUGGCAGAUCCUUGCGCACAGGAAACCUCCUGAAGGUCUGGAAUAAAGAAAAUAUGCAGGCAAAAUGGGAUGAGACAACCUGGGCCAAGAAGAUUGCCAACAAGGCUUUAAGGAAAUCAUUGACAGACUUUGACAGAUUCAAGUUGAUGAAAGCCAAGCAGGCAAGGAACCGUUUGAUUGCCAUCGAAUGUGGAAAACUGAAGAAGCAGGCGAAGAAAGCACCAGCAAAACCCUUGAGGGUUAGGAAGCGCAAGAGUUAAACUUGUGUUGUACUGAGGACUUGUUAAUUAAAGAUGCUGGUGUAACAUC